ACCAUUCAAACUGAUUGGGUUUUAAAAAGAAGCAAAAAAUCUGAGAGAAAAAAAUAACACUCAAAAACUUCUGAUAGUUUAUAAAAAACGAAAAUGAAAUCGACCGUCAUGAUUCUCCUCAUUAUCUACCUCCUCCUCGCCGUGCCUUGCUUCGCUAAAGGAUCGGAGCAAACAGAUUCAGAGGUGUACGAGAUCGAUUACAGGGGACCGGAGACUCAUAACUCUAGACCUCCACCGGAAACUUUGCACGGCAAGCCACCGUACAUCCACCAUAAUACCUCCGCCGCUGGACUCGGUGCUCAUGUAGGAGGAAAGAACUAGAGAGAGACCUUUUCCAAGGAGAAGAGAGACGACUCAAAAGCUUUAAGAUGAAGAGCAAGUUUUACGAGAGUUGUGAUAUAUAUGAGUAAUGAUGUUGGUACAGAGAGUUAUUUAUACUUAUUUAUCAUAUGAAUUUGAUCAUCGAUGUGUGAUCAGUACAGUUAGUGUGAAUAAUUUACACACUACUCU